AGGGUUAAAUAGUCGUAGAUUAGUCAUCACAGUUAACGAUUUUUACAUUUUUGAUACGAUCAGGAUUUGAAUUCGGUAACAGCAGUCAUUUAUAUUGUCUUUAAUGAAUUUAACUGGAAAAUUGAAGACUAAUGAUGAUAUGGACAGAGACAUCGAGGAAGGAGCAAGCAUGCAAACCUGGUACCGCAGGACAGCAGAGCUAGGUCUGGCCCUCGCUAUCAUCCUUAAUAAACCGCCAGAGCAAAGUGGGAGGCAGUACACAGAAUAUCUGGUCACCAGGCUUCAGAGCAGAGAUGAGAGCUGGAAGGCGAAAGCAGAGGAACUUCAGGAGAAAGUAUUACAACUACAACAGGAACUCUUUCUCACCAAAAUGCUCUCUAGACCAGAAAGCAGGGGUGAAAGAGGAGAGAGCUCCGUGGAAAUACUGUCUCAAGACGUCCUGUGUUCCACGAGCCACGAGCCGAAUCCGGAAGAAGAUUCCGGAUGCGACACCGGAAACAUGGGGAGCCUGCCCCCGAGUCAGGAACUCGGGGACCUGGCCGUGCAGCAGGCCUCUUCGAGGCGCGAGGUCGCGUUCGAGGCUUGGAACUUCGAAAGCAAGAAGGUCAAAGCCGUUCAUUUCCACACCAAGUUUUUACGAAAUGUACUGGGUCUCAGAAGAAUCAAGGAGUUGGGAAACGCAACACCCGACCCCCUUGCUUCUGACCAGAACUAUAGCAUAAUAAGAGAUUCUGUCUGCCAGUUGCUGGACUGCGUGUCGUUCUUGUACCGAGACUGUGAGGCUGUCCUUCCCAGCUCGCUUCUCCUUGAGGCUGGCCAGGCUGUUGCAGGUGCAGUGGAACAGGGGACGUCGUGUGAGCAGGCCUGCACCCAGUUUGUGAAGAAAAUGGAAGAGUUCCUGAAGGAGUUUACGAGUUUAAUACUGGAAAAUAACCAGCUCAAUAGGUUUCAGACGCAGGAGUCCAUAGCAGACUUCCUGAUCCUUCUGGGAAGAAGCAGCUUGUUAAAGUCUUCAUUCGUCUGUCACCUUCUUUCACAAAUCAGCCACUUUGCAGAUGAAGUACAGCAGGCAUGUCAGAAUCAAAGCCGAAAGCUUCCAGAGUUUGACAUUGCCAAGUAUGAGAACACAUUCUAUCUGUUUUGGAUCUUGGAACAACUUCUCCAGACUGAUGAAAGAGGAGCUGGACCAGUUCCUCAGGAUUCUUCUGAGCUAAGAGCUCAUUACCACCAGCCUUCGCUCAGCCCAGCAGUCUCGGCGGCCUCAAGUCUGCCUUACCAGCCAUCUGGCUCCUUUCCCAGGAAGCCCGAAAUUCGGUUCCUGCCCAUACAAGAGACUCCCUGUUUUCUACCAGGUGGAUUCUGUGUGGCAGUGACCCAGGCUUCCGGUCUUCACUCUGCGCUCCAGCGUCAGCCAGUGCCCUCAGCCAGCUCUCGGCUUCGCAGUGUUGUGGGACAAACCGGUGGGGUGGAGCGGCACGAGACAACGGGGAACCCCGACAGUCACAUUGGCACCCCUGGCCCUUUUGAGGGCUGCCUCGUGAGCCCGUUCAGCUCCUUUUUCAGGGGUCUCGCUAUUGGGUUUCCCUCUGUACCCGGGACUCCCUUUCGGACGGGCUGUAUUCAGCCGAUGGGUAUUGUUUGA